AUGAGUUCGAUGAAAUCACCAUUUUGCGAUCAGAUCCUGUUGCGUUAUUUGAUGGAUAGGAAUAUUGCCAUCAUACCAAAAUCCGUCACUCCAUCACGAAUCGUUGAAAAUUUCCAAUUGUUUGAUUUCGCUCUUUCUGCUGACGAUAUAAAACUUUUGGAGUCAUCGAAACAUCGGCAAAGACUUUUCACGAUUGAUUUCAUGGAAGGGCAUCCGGAGGACUCAUUUGCUGCGGAAAGACAGUCAUGA